CCAGCUGGGGACAAACAAGGGAGCUGCUGUUAUCCUUCAGCUCACAGGGCACCUAUGCAGGGCAAAUGUAGCCUGGGCAGGAGGCUGCUACCUGAGUUGAGCAAUGGAGACCCAAAUCAUGCUUUGAUGGGCACAGAACCUCUCGUGGACUGGGAAAUGCUGCUUCAUUCUCUCUACCUAUCCAAACUCUCAGCAGCAGCACUACGGGGAAAAGCUGACAAAUGCCAGCCAGGACCCUGCAGCCUCGCGUGUGUCAGCCACAGGCCACGCAGGGCCUUCAAGCCACCGCACUCGCCUCCAUCCCUAAUGGUCCACAGAGACACAUCCAUCCCAGCCCUCGGGCAGCUCCGGAGCCACCUGAACGGGCUAUUUCUGACAGAUCUUCACCUACACGAGACACCAAGCCGCCGAGCUGGGAGGGCGGCCUUGCGGCGGGGACACCUGGAAGCGUCAAGGUGUGGGCAAGCCGCGGCCUGCGCUGCCCCGCAGCAGCCCCUGCCCCGCGCGGCCUCGGGGCCUGGACAAUAGAAGGCAUUAAAGGGAAGCGCCGCCGGCCAUUCCAGGGGGCUGUUGGGAUUUACUUUCUCCUUCCCGUUUCCCCGCCCGCAGCGGGGUGCCGAGCGGCGCCGCGCCCGGGCGGAAGUGUCGGGGCCGAGGCCGGCGCUGAGGAGGGUGCUGAAGAUGGCAGGCAGCUCCCCUCCUUGGACUGGCAGCGCUUACCUCUUCCUUCAGUCAACCUGCAAGACCAUCGCUCUGCCUUCCCUCUACGAGAGCUCCCAGAAGAAGCCUUGUGUGUUCAAGGCCCUGAAGCUGGCAUUAGCAGACUCCACUGGCAGUGUGAAUGGUGUGGACAUGCUCAAAGUGCACUGCAGCCACCCCCACCUGAUAGUGCAGCUCAGGUUCUGCAAGCAGGAGAACUGCCGCCGCUUCCUGCGCAGCUACCGCGACGGAGCGCUCCAGAAGUCCCUCCAGAGCCACCUCCAGCUCUCCUUGGCCACAGCCAUGGUGCCUCUGGAAGUGGAGCUGAAGGCUGGCAGUGAGCACCUUGACCAGAUGCUGAAGGAUGAGGAUCGUUGCCUGGAGUGCAUCUACAGAGAAAAGCAAGCACAGCUUUGCAGGCUGCUGGCCCUGGCAGAGUCACUGACGCCGUUUGCGUUACAGCCUGACCGCCUGCCAGAUGAGGAGAUCACGGAGCUGGAGGAACGCCUCAAGAGCCUGAUGCUUCACCAGAGCACCAACAACAAUGUGGCUGGAAAAGACUGCCCAUCUCUGAAGCCCCCAUCUCAGCCUUAUCCUCCUCAAGGCAGCUCCCUUGCCACACAGCUCACUUUCAUCUUUCAGGGACAACAGUUUGACAACAGAACAAUCACACCAGAUGACCACCAGAAGUUUGCCAAGUCCGUGUCCAAGAAGUGGAAGCAAGUGGGUCGCUCUCUGCAGAAGUCCUGCCGGGCCCUGCGUGACCCCGUCAUUGACAACCUGGCGCUGGAGUACGACCGAGAGGGACUCUAUGAGCAAGCCUACCAGAUGCUCCUCAGGUUCAUCCAGUCCGAGGGCAAGAGGGCCACCAUAGCACGGCUGAUCACAGCCCUGGAGGAAAACGGCCUUGUCAGCUUGGCUGAGGAGCUCUUGGGCCUCCAUUCCAGUGAGGACUGCUCCUAGAGCCCCAAGGACAGUGCCAUUGCUAAGGGCUUUCCUGCUUUAGCUACUGUAUGAAACUGCUGCCAGUGUCUGGGAAUGUAAAGUCCGGAAUGUCACCAGAGGUUUCCAUCGCGGUGGAAAUGCUCAGGGGAGAGGUUCUGUGUUUGCAGAAGCCAGCAUGGACCUCUGAGUUUCCUUAUUUCAUUGUGUUUCCAGAAAUAUAGCACUACCUUCCUGUGAACUGGUGAGAGGCUUUCACCCUGACUUCCUUCAGGACUGUGACAGGGAAGCAGCCAGACAGAGAGCCGUAGGGGAGAAUUAGGGAGAGGAAAAAAGUAAGCAAGGCUUCUCGUAGAAUUUCUAUGGGAAGCAGAAGAUGCCACUGCUUCUCAGGCUCUGUCCAGGGCCAUCACCUGGAGAGCUGCAAUAUAUUUUUACAUUGAAAACAUUUUUGCCCUCAGCCAUGACAUCAAGUAAAGGAAAAGGAAAAAGUAAGGAAAUGUCAAUUUUACAUUAUUUUCCUUCUUUGUUUGAAGAACAAAGAACAUUCAUGGCCAGAGUAUCUGUUCUGCCCUACUCUAUUAUAGCUCCUUCCCACCUCUCACCAUCUGAAGGCUUUCCCUCUACCUGGGACAGCCAUGGUCUUCCACAGGGCAAAAGAUUGCUGCUGUACAACAAAUGGCAGACACUGAACAAGCAUUUUGGACAAACUCAAAUUCAGACAAUGAUUGUCAACAUUUUCUCAUCUGAGGUAGACAGUAAUACGUUGAUUACCUCUUUCCUGCCAGCCUGAGGGAGCCUGCAGCUGUGGAAAGCAAAACACAGCGCUGGAAGGAAAAGUCUCCUCACCAGCAAGUUACCUGUGGAGCCUGGUUUGGAAGUGCUGCCCUCAGGGCACUGCAGCAUCAAAUGCCAUCCUCAGACCACAGAGCUGAGCAAUCACCACACCCAGCUGGCUGCUCCUGCCUUCACUCACUUCCCGACCACCCUCAGCCUGCUGGGCCCCUGGAGGGGACAGCUCACCCUGCUGUGUCCCACAGGUGUCAGGACCUACAGAGAGCCUUUCCCUGGCAUUGCUGUCACUGUGUGACAAUCGAACAUCAGCUGCCACCGUGCCUGGAUUUACCUGCACUGAUUUUUAGGGUUAAAAUUGUUUAAGAGACAAAUCUCCCAAACCCCAGGGCUGACUCCUGCUUUCAGUUCCCAUGGGAGAAGUUGAGUGUCUCCUGGUAUGGCUGAUGCAGACUGCAACACAGCAGCUGCACUUCCGCUGUGACAAAGCACAGAGCAACGAGUGUCUGGCAUGAUAUGGGUCCUGCGAAGCAAAACAGCAGCUCAAUUACCUUUGCCAUAUUCCCAGUGCUUUCCUGAUAGGUUUUUACUGAUAAUAUUCCAUUAAUUCUAUCAUUUUUUUCCUUCCCAUCUGUGGGAAUAGCCAGUGGGCUGUGGAAAUAUUUUCAGGUGCAGAGGGGGACUCUGGCCACACACACAAAGUCUAUGUGCACAUGAUCAUAUUGGGCUGCUAGCAGUCAUGGUAGGAGCAAUUCUGAGGCCUUUUAAACCACAAUUUACAUCUUACUCCUUCCCUGGAGUCAAAGCUGUGAAUCAGUAAGGAGGAACAUAACCUCAGACUCAGGUGUGGGCCCAGAUCCAGGCUCCUGGGGCUGGAGACGUUCCCGUACCUUCUGCUGCAGUACCUGAGCAUCAGUCACUGGAGACCUGGAUGGGCAGGAUUUAGAUGGCCUGCUUUGAGCCAGCUGGGGUCCACAUGCCUCAGAUGAGCUGAGUAUCCCAUCCUUAGCGUGUGCCAGGCAGACUUGACUUGUUUUCUGCAGAUUCUGAACCCCUGAGGUUGCAUACAGAACCAGGAAAGGAAGGGGGUUACGUAUGGGGAGAAGGUUUUCAGGGUGUGAGUGAAUCUGCUUCCAUCUUGCCCCUACCUUCCAAGGAAGCAGGACUUCAUGCAGGCACCACCUCUGCAAGAACUGUGGCUCCAUCACCUUUUAUUAAGCCAUUUUAUAUCAGUGCCAUUGCAGUUUCAUCCCCUCCACUCCUGCUCACACAUCCUGCCCUCUCCCUUCCAGCAGUACCAGUGCUCUUACCAAAAUGAAGCAAUUACCUCUCUGACAGUUUGCCUUUUGGGACCCUCACAGUGGUGCUGAUCUUGCCUAAUUUAGGCUGCUGUGGAUCCAUACCUCAAAGUAUUUAGCCUUCCUGCCAAAUCCCAGCUGGGGAACUCUGGCAGAAACCCACCUGACAAAUCAUAUUUUAAAAAAUUAAAAAAUCAGAAACUUGAAAAUUACUUUAAGAGCAAGAGAGUUUGCUCUUGAUUUUGCAGAAACUACUUUUUUAAGAAAAGAAGGUCAUAUGCAUAGCCUGCUGUCUCAUUUGCAAUUAAUUUUUCUAAGCUCUCAGACCAGCUAUGUGUGCACAACUUGCACAUAUAGUUAUAAGGCAGCCUCUGAAUAAUGAGAAUUACUAGGUUUUGUAGUAUGUGUUAAUGCUCAAAAUGAGGAAGUCAUAUUAUUCAGCUUCUACUUCAAGUCCAGAAAACUUUUUUACUGCUGUUACUCUU